AUGAUCGGCCAAAAGUCGCAAAAAUCGUGUGGCGCAAACUCUUUGUAUGGCAAAUCGAUUGCGUUCUUUGAGUGGGAAUUGGGCGGACGCAGCAAUGAGCUGCGGUCUCCUAAUGAGGUGGAAAGUAGCGCUCGUACAUCCCAUGUAUUUACUGAGACAUGA